CCCGCGCACCUCGACGGGACGCGGACUUAGGACAGACCGCGGGUGAGCCGAGCUUACCUCUAACAGCGAAGCUCCUCAGGCCGGAAAUGGACGGCUCCAAGAAUCCGGAAACCGCGUCCCCUACAAGUCACGUGAAGUCUGAGCGGGGGAAGUCCUUUGAGGGGUCCAUAGAUACCAGCUUUUCAGGCAGUAAUGAUGGCAACCCUGAAGAGCUCCCAUUGGAGGACACAUCAUUGCAGCAGACUGAGGAGAUGGAAGCGGAGAAGACGGAGUCGAAAUCUGAGUCGGAAUCGGAUUUCGGAUUGGAGGAGGGAGAGAAGGAGGGAGAGAAGGAGGGAGAGAAGGAGAGACCAUCCAUGGAGGAUAAGCUAGAGGCGGAGACUCCCCAACCGAAGGACCGCCCUGGCUUGCAGAUUGGAAAGUUGCUCCCCCCAAAGGUGCAAAGUUGGAAGGCUCUCAAAUCCAUCAUUAAGGUGUCAGUGACACCGAAGACGCAUAGCUGGGCAGACAUUAAAAAAGAAAGAGGACUGUACCAGCUCACUGUGGCCAUCAUCCUGAUGAGUCGGGUGUGUAAGAUGUUCCGUCAAGGCCUCAGGGGAUUCCGGGAGUAUCAGAUCAUUGAGCCUGCUCAAAAGAAGCAUCCUACCUUCUCCUUCUGGGAUAAAAAGAAGCAAGGCCGCAUCUCGUUUGACACCCAGGACUUUGCCGCAGAGGAGGGUCACUUCCCUCCGAGGGCCAUUUCUAUCACACAGAAGAAGCCAUCCUGGAGGACAGACGAGGAAAUCCAAGACCUCUGCAAUAUCCUUCAGGUUCUAGAUUGCUACCGCAACUACACAGAGUAUCUGCAGCUGCUCCUGGCCAAGGUCAUGCGCUUCGAAAGGUUUGGUCGCCGGCGUGUAAUCGUCAAGAAGGGGCAGAGGGGCAAUAGCUUUUACUUCAUCUACCUGGGCACGGUGGCCGUGACCGAGGACGAAGAUGGGAGCAGUGCUUUUCUGGACCCUCACCCAACACUGCUGCACAAGGGUGGCUUCUUCGGGGAAAUGGGCCUUCUGAGCACGGCAGUAAGAAGGGCCACAGUGGUCUGCAUGGAGGACACAGAGUUCCUGGUGGUCGACAGAGAGGAUUUCCUUGCAAACAAGCUAGGCGACGAGGUUCAGAAGGAAACUCAGUAUCGAUACGACUUUUUUAGGAAGCUGGAUAUGUUCCAGUCUUGGUCUGAUGAGAAGCUCUGGCAGCUGGUGGCCUUGGGGAGGAUAGAGAAGUUCCCACAUGGAGAGCUGGUGUCCAAAGACAUUGGGAAUUCAGCAUUUAUCACAUUUAUCUGCAAGGGCAACUGUGAAAUCCUGCGAAUGUUAGACCUGGGGACCUGCCGUACCUAUUACAGGUGGGUCUGGCAGCAACUGGAGCUGUUGGACCACAAGCCUCUGAGAGUUCAUAACAAUGAAAUGUCUCCAAAGGAGAGAUUUAAGGAAUUCCAGAUCAAAUCAUAUCCUCUACAAGACUUCACUUACUUAAAACUUCUGCGUCUCCAGGAAGCCAGAGAGCAAUCCGCAAUGACCUUCCCCAGGAAGGUCAACAAAGCAGAAAACAGCCUCCCCAAGUUGCUGGGCCCGAAAGUCAAAUCUAGGUAUGGUCAUUCAGUCAAAUGUUCCAUGGUCCACACCAAGUAUGGUGAACUCCCCAAGGAGGCCAUAGUGGGGGUCUACAUGAAGGUUCACUUGACAGAGGAAGGAGAUGUGGUGGGCAAUCACCAGGCCUUUCUCCCAGAAACCCAUCGUGAUCCUCGGUCCUUCAUCCUUCUGAGCUUGGGAACAGAGUUGAUUCGAGUAAGAAAAGAGAAAUUUUAUGACUUGGUCGAUGAGGAGACAAAGGCAAAGAUAAUGAAGAUGGACGUGGACUAUCCCAGCGAUGAAGAACUUUGUCAGAGUUUCCUGAGUGAAAAUGACUGGAAUAUCUUUCGGAGGGAUCUGCUGCGGUUGCUGGUGGAGCCCCUCAAAAGGAAGUCAUUCAUCCCGAUCCAGGCCAAGAAGAAAGAGAUCUACAACCCUAAGUCUUUGUUACUGGAUCUGUGUGGCCUCGACAAGAAGGUGAGACAGCGCUAUCCUGUUUUUAUGGCGCCCCGGAAAUACCUGCCUCCCUUGAAGAUUGUCCAAACCAUCUCAGCACCCCGGUACAAAGUCCAAGAACUCUUACCUCAGUAUAAAAACGCAGGGGUCCUUGUUUAGAGGGAAUAAAGCACAUUUGGAUUGGCA